GAAGUAAAGUGAAGGAAAGUGAAGUAAAGUGAAGUAAAGUGGCGAGCACACGAUAAUUAAAUACAAUAAAAAAAUAUAUAAAUAAUAUAAUAGCUAACUUAGAUAAAUUAGCUAAAUUAGAGUCCCCCUUCCAACACAUCGAAAAUGAGUAGGCCACAGUGCCAAAGGCAAUGCUAUAAAAUUCAAGUAAGGAUUACUGUCCAAAACACAAUCACACCUCCUAAGAAGGAUGUUUUCAAUUAUUCCUAGUGUACAAUUAAACAGUGACGGCGGAUGUUAUUGAUGGCCAAAUGGUGUGUCCCUUUAAAUGUUGCUACUGCAAGGAAUUGUGGGCCACCAUUAUCUAUUUUCCUUUAGUAAAGGAUGUUCCAUUAUUUCCUAUACUAAAGGAGAUAAGAAGGGAUGCAUUGACGCACAUUUCCUUAGCAUUUAGAAGUCGAACAGCUCUUAUUAUUGCUGACACCGUGAUGCUUCCAGGUCAUUUUACUUUCUUAGCAAAAAAAGACUAUUCCACAUGUUUCCAUCUUCUUCUCUUUCCUGACUCCUCCCCCUUAAUCAGAACCAUCAGAUGGCCGCAGGAACUUCAGCUAUAGUGAUACUUUGUACUUUAUACACUAACAUAAAUCUUCGUUGUCAUUCAGAUCUUUGUACAUGUUAGAUCUUUUGAAAAAAGAUGUUCAAUAUUUGGAAUAUAUUUAAUAUUUUAUUAAACCAAUAUUACUAUAAAGAAAAUAUAAUAAUUUCAUAAUUCUUAUCCAUACAUAUUACAAACCAAAGAGUAAUACAGACAAAUGCAAAGCCAGUUAUGUUGUGGGGUGUCUUUGAUUUUCAUCGCUCAGCACAGAGGCACUCCCAAGAGGCGGUGCUUAUUGAUGCCAGCAUCAUGCGUUCAUUUGUGCUCAGAUGCUGUUGUAAACUUAACUCGACUGCUGCUUUUGUCAAAGGAAGAGAUCUCACAUUCUUUUGAUGGCUGUCUUGAGGAUAAGGAAUGUGCACAAGAAGAAAUAUGCAAUAAUCUGCCUGUGCAUUGUUGGCUUCAUCUUGUACAGAUAUCUCCAACUGCCAGCAGGGGGACGGAACAGGAACAGGAAGGUGGGUCUGAGUACCAACUCAUCUGAGUUCACCCUGGAGGGAGAGCCCUUUCGCAUCUUAGGGGGAUCCAUCCACUAUUUCCGUGUGCCCAGGGCCUACUGGAGGGACCGCCUGAUGAAAAUGAAGGCCUGUGGCAUCAACACCCUCACUACGUAUGUGCCGUGGAGUCUGCACCAGCCACAGAGAGGGGUUUUCAACUUUCACACACAGUUGGAUUUAGAAGCCUAUAUUGAUCUUGCUGCUGAAUUGGGAUUGUGGGUGAUUUUACGUCCAGGGCCCUACAUUUCCUCUGAGCUAGACCUAGGAGGACUGCCAAGUUGGCUCCUCCGUGAUGGCAGCAUGAGACUGAGAACGACUUACCCAGGCUUCACUCAUGCUGUCAAUACUUUUUUUGAUAAACUUAUACCAAAAGUGGUUCCACUGCAGUUCAAGAAAGGAGGUCCCAUUAUUGCAGUGCAGGUCGAAAACGAGUAUGGAUCCUUUGCAAAGGAUGAAAGUUACAUGCUUUUCAUUAAAGAGGCCUUACAGUCUAAAGGGAUCAGCGAGCUCUUGCUUACAUCAGACAACCACAACACAUUAAAGUCGGGCGGUGUGGAUGGAGCCAUCAGAUCAGUGAGGCUGCAGAAGCUAAAUCAGAGAGAUAUCCAGGAUCUGAAUUCUAUCCAGCCCAACAGCCCCACGAUGGUGAUGGACUACUGGACCGGCUGGUAUGAUGUGUGGGGUGACCUCCACCAUGUGCUUCCCCCAGAGGAUAUGGUGUCCACUGUGAGAGAAAUUCUGAGACGAGGCAUGUCUGUUAACUUCUACAUGUUCCAUGGAGGCUCCAGUUUUGGCUUCAUGAGCGGAGCACUCGCUGAUCCUUCCUACAAAGCAUUGGUCCCCAGCUAUGAUUAUGAUGCUCCAUUGUCUGAAGCUGGGGAGUACACUCCAAAGUACCAUCUCCUUAGGGAUUUACUUUCCCGAUACAACAAAGGAGACAGUAUUCCUGACAUGACAGCCCUGCAUUACAGAGAGGCUUAUGAACCAGCUAUCAUGUACCAGCACUUGUCAGUAUGGGAUGCUUUGAGCUUCACAGAGGGACCAUUUAAGUCACACAAACAAGUAAGCAUGGAGAAUCUACCUGUGAACAACAGGAACGGCCAGUCCUAUGGAUACACGCUGUAUGAGACUACCAUCACCAGCGGAGGAUUAUUGAAGUCUGGAGACAAUGUCCGAGACCGUGCCCUAGUGUUUGUAGACAGAAGCUACAUUGGCCUUUUCAAGCGGCAAAGCCUGGACCUUGCGGUUCCUGGUGGUAAGGGACGACGUACCUUAAGUUUAUUGGUGGAAAACUGUGGACGAGUUCACCAGGGAAGGGACCUAGACAAACAACAUAAAGGCCUUGUGGGAGACAUUCUAUUAAACAAUAUCCCCUUGCGGGAUUUUACAAUGUACAGCCUGGAUAUGAAACCCGGCUUUAUUGAUAGUCUUUAUCAGGCAACUUGGAAAACUCUCCCUGAAACUCCCAGCUUCCCUGGAUUUUUCAUGGGGAGGCUGUUUGCAUACGGGUAUCCGAGUGACACAUUUGUGAAGCUACCAGGCUGGGAGAAAGGUGUUGUGUUUAUAAAUGGUCUGAAUCUGGGCCGCUACUGGUCAAUUGGCCCCCAGCAGGCUCUCUACCUCCCCGGUCCCUUUCUCAACAGUGGAAUAAAUCAGGUCAUGGUGUUUGAAGAACAGGAGGGUGACUACAAGAUCCAUUUUGAGGAUACGCCUGAUCUUGGGAUGGCAGCAGACAUCCAGUGA